AUGUUAGAGGCCGUGUUAUGCCAUUUCUAUAUGGAACUUAAUACUUGAACUUUCCUUACUACUUGAACUUGAAACUUUUUUAACACAUAAAAUAGAAAAAAAUAUUGCACCAAAAUGUUUACAGGUAUAGAAUAAAGAGCAGUAGUCUCUGUUGACGAUAAAAUAUUUAGGUGAUGUUUACUGGAAUCAUAAAACAAGCAUGCAGCAUGGAUUCUGGUGCCAGUAGCACACUGGUGUCAACAUUUUGACACUUUGGUCUUGUGGUUUUGCAUGGGAAACUACAACUCAAAAUAGCCAUACUGUAAAUGUAACUCUGACAAUGGACUUCUAUUCUCAUACUGAACCACUCUUGUUUGUUUUCUUUCUGAGCAUGAUGCUUGGAGUUGAACGGUCAGUGUCAAGUAUAGUCACACCUGUUUUCACCUGGUGGUUAACAUCAAAUGUUUUUGAAGGCUUGCAUGCCAAAGAGUCUUUUCUAGAGGUUUAGAAGUAUUUAGGAUCUAGACUAGAGGUUUAUUUUUUCUUUCAUUUACCUACCAUAAAUAUAUUCUAAAAUAAAAAAAGUUAGCUUCAAGGCCUAGUUAACUAAUUAUAUAGUAAUCAAAACCUUACAUAAAAUGACUUUUCAAAUAAGAGUGAAGACCUUAUCAUUCCUAACAAGACCACACCUGUUGUGUUAUCAUUCCUGACAUCAGAUAGACGCUGAACAGUCAUCACUGAUGAAUCAAGGUACUCGUAUGGUUCCAGGGGAAGUAAAAGUGGUGGAUUGUUUCUACUGGCCUUAAUACAUGCUGUUUUUGUGCCAAACACAGCUCGCAAAUAAGUUCCUCUAGGCCUUUUAAUCUUUAGUUAUAUAGUGUUGGAAUUAAGUGUAGAUAUUUCUGUAAAUCAUGAAGACUGGUGAAUUAUGUAUUGCAUACAAAAUAGAAUGAGACUAUACUUGUUCUAGGACAAUAAAUAAUAUUUAAAAACAAGUUUGCAUAUGCAAGAAAUGCAUAUUCCUUAAACAUAUCAGUGUGUGUCUGGGCUUGAUCCACAGGGUUUCUGCAUAGUUUCACUGUACAGCAUGUAAAUGCCGCUCACUCACAUUCAGAUAGGAGUAUUAAUCAUAGUUGACAGACUGAUGCAUUAUUCACUCUAAGCAACCUUACAGUGUGUUAUUAUUCAGUGACCGGAGACACGCAGGUGUUUUCACUGAGGAAAAUUGUUGCACAUGCUAUCCACCUUCUCUUGCAGCCACUCCUUAAGUUGUGGUGACCUUGCUGUAUGUUACAGUUUUCAUAUCUUUUCAGGAUAUGAAAUAGAGGAGGUUAGACAUCGACAGAGUGAAUUUGGAGAACAUCAAAGCCAUUCUGUGAAAUAGUGGAGGGUAACAGAUUUUGGUAGCCUUUAAUAGCCUACUGCCUUGUCGGAUUAAGUGUAUGUUUGCUGUAUGAUUUUUGCAAUCUACAAUGACUUAAUUUGCGGCACCUUUUCUCAAAAUUUGGAGCACUUUUGUUGUUGUUUUACAGUUAAAAUAUACCAGACAGCAUUCUUCUAACAUUCAUAAUACUUUUCUGACCUCAAGAACACGCGUUUUUUUUCUUUUAUAUUUUGUCUAAAGGUCAAAUAAAUAGGCCUAAAAUAAAUUAUUAAAUUAUUAAAUAAAUGAAACGCAAUCAAGGGUGUGGACGAAUUUCGCCUGCAUGUUGCUUUCGUUUUGCCAUCAUCAGGCAUUGUCACGGAUCGCAAUAAACGCGGAAGAAUGACAACAAACAUUAGGCUUACUUUCGUUUCGUGGGAAUUUGAUAAUUAUUAACAAGGUUCGAAACAAUCCAGCAGUUUUAACUCUCGUUUUGAGUGUGUUCUUCAGUCCAUGGAUGCAGACGCUUCUGAUCGUCUCGUGCAUCAGCUGUGAUCAUGUUGUGUUUUUGGGGAGCGCAGAUCAGAGAGGGUUUGGGGCUGGUAAAGCCUGACCAAGUCAAACAUGGCAAUUCUGGAAUACGAUCUGUGUGUCCGAAAACAGCAGUUCAGGACAUGUCCGCCGGAAGGAGUUUUGCUGGAUUCAUCCGGGAUGGGAGAGUCUCGGUCCUGAGAUUGCGCAGUGAAGACCGUGAUGGAAAACUAAAGCAACUACAGCUAAAGAAUGACAGAAUCAGACUGAUUGUCUGUGGAGGAGAUGGUGCAGUUCUUCUUUCUGAUUCAGGAAAAGUUCUCAUUGUGGACAAAGUUGCAGAGCACAAGCCUCUCAAAGGUCUGGAUAACAGGCAGGUGAUUCAGAUCGCAUGUGGAGACCAUCAUUCAAUGGCACUAACCAACGAUGGUCAGGUGUUCGUGUGGGGUGAGAACUCUCAUGGUCAGCUGGGUUUGAGGAAAGAUCAUCCCAGCUCUCCGUCUGCUCAACAUGUUCAGAGUCUGAGUGGGAUCCCGCUGGCUCAGAUCAGCGCUGGAGGAGACCACAGCUUUGUGUUGUCUCUCUCUGGAGUCGUGUUUGGAUGGGGAAGGAACUCUGCUGGACAGCUGGGCCUCGGAGACACUACAGAUAGACAUGUCCCAGCGGUUGUAAAUAGUCUGAACCUGAAGAAAACUGUGUCCAUCUCAUGUGGAGCGGAACACACUGCCACUUUAUCAAAGGGCGGCACAGUGUUCACAUUCGGAUCCGGAGGUUCUGGUCAGCUUGGGCACAACUCAUUUAGAGAUGAACAUCAUCCGCGGGUGGUUGCUGAACUGUGGGGCUCUGAAGUGUCACAGGUCACAUGUGGGAGACAUUACACACUCGUAUCAGUCGUAUCGUCAAAGCUGAUCUACUCAUUUGGAUGUGGGAUGCAAGGGCAGCUGGGAAACAGAGAAAUGAUCACACAGUCUGUGCCUUUCCCUGUGGAUCUGACAAUUGAAUGUAAUCAUGAAUAUAUGAUUGAAAAACUCAUUGCUGGGGAGAAACAUUCCUUUGCCUUGUUUUUCAAAAAACUUGGGGAUGAGUUUGAGCAGCCCAAAUCCAAUCCAAGCAGAGAGAUUUUGACAUUAAAUGACAGAAUGAUUGACCGAUGGCUGUCCGGAAGUGAUGCAAAUUCAUUGAAAGUCAUUAAGAAGGAUAUAAACACUGUGUUUUCCUCUCCUGCCUCUUUAAAUGGAAGUUUUCUCAAAAUAAGUCGUGAUGAACAUUAUCAGACGUCUGAAGAGCAUUGUGGUUUGGAUUUUGAUCUGGUUAAAACAUCCUUUGCAAAGUUAUCAGAGAAUAAAAGCUUGAUAUCAGAGGUAAUAAUGGUGGUUGAACAGAUGCUGCAUUCUCUGAAUCCAAAUCCAGUUGGUGUGGAAGCUCUGAGAGUUUAUCUUCUCCUCCCUGAACUCAUCAGACAUCUCAAGAAACAACAAAGAACUAAACUCACUGAAGCUCUGGCCUCCAAAAUCCUUCAGCUGGAUCCUGAUGCUCUCAAGGUGUUAGAGACGUACUGGUCCAAACUCCCUGAUGACCGUCUCCAGAACUUGGUGGAUUUAUUUCAAAAAGUGUCUGCCAUGUUAAUUGACAGGAUUGCUUCUGAAGAUAUAAACUGGGACAUACCGAAACGCCUGCAGAAUCUUGUGCAGAUCCUUCAUAUGGUCUAUAAGGUCUGCUGCAGUACCAACAGAAUCAUAAAGAGCGAUUUCAUCAUCCAUGAGAUCAAUGAUCUGCUAGAUGUGGUCAGAGAGGGGUUGGGGCUGGUAAAGCCUGACCAAGUCAAACAUGGUAAAUGUGGAAUACGAUCUGUGUGGCUCAAAUCAAAAGUUCAGGACAUGUCCGCUGGAAGGAGUUUUGUUGCAUUCAUCCAGGAUGGGAAGGUCUCGGUCCUGAGAUUGUGCAGUGAAGACGGUGAUCAUGAUGGAAAACCAAAGACACUAGAGCUAAAGAAUGACAGAAUCAGACUGAUUGUCUGUGGAGAAGCUGGUGCGGUUCUUCUUGCUUAUGGAGGAAAAGUUCUCAUUAUGGACAAAUCUACUGUGUGCAGGUCUCUCAAAGGUCUGGAUAACAGGCAGGUGAUUCAGAUCGCAUGUGGAGACCAUCAUUCAAUGGCACUAACCAACGAUGGUCAGGUGUUCGUGUGGGGUGAGAACUCUCAUGGUCAGCUGGGUUUGAGGAAAGAUCAUCCCGGCUCUCCGUCUGCUCAACAUGUUCAGAGUCUGAGUGGGAUCCCGCUGGCUCAGAUCAGCGCUGGAGGAGACCACAGCUUUGUGUUGUCUCUCUCUGGAGUCGUGUUUGGAUGGGGAAGGAACUCGGCUGGACAGCUGGGCCUCGGAGACACUACAGACAGACACGUCCCAACGGUUGUAAAUAGUCUGAACCUGAAGAAAACUGUGUCCAUCUCAUGUGGAGCGGAACACACUGCCACUUUAUCAAAGGGCGGCACAGUGUUCACAUUCGGAUCCGGAGGUUCUGGUCAGCUUGGGCACAACUCAUUUAGAGAUGAACAUCAUCCGCGGAUGGUUGCUGAACUGUGGGGCUCUGAAGUGUCACAGGUCACAUGUGGGAGACAUUACACACUCGUAUCAGUCGCAUCGUCAAAGCUGAUCUACUCAUUUGGAUGUGGGAUGCAAGGGCAGCUGGGAAACAGAGAAAUGAUCACACAGUCUGUGCCUUUCCCUGUGGAUCUGACAAUUGAAUGUAAUCAUGAAUAUAUGAUUGAAAAACUCAUUGCUGGGGAGAAUCAUUCCUUUGCCUUGUUUUUAAAAAAACUUGGGGAUGAGUUGGAACAGCCCAAAUCCAAUCCAAGCAGAGACAUUUUGACAUUAAAUGACAGAAUGAUUGACCGAUGGCUGUCCGGAAGUGAUGCAAAUUCAUUGAAAGCCAUUAAGAAGGAUAUAAACACUGUGUUUUCCUCUCCUGCCUCUUUAAAUGGAAGUUUUCUCAAAAUAAGUCGUGAUGAACAUUAUCAGACGUCUGAAGAGCAUUGUGGUUUGGAUUUUGAUCUGGUUAAAACAUCCUUUGCAAAGUUAUCAGAGAAUAAAAGCUUGAUAUCAGAGGUAAAAAUGGUGGUUGAACAGAUGCUGCGUUCUCUGAAUCCAAAUCCAGUUGGUGUGGAAGCUCUGAGAGUUUAUCUUCUCCUCCCUGAACUCAUCAGACAUCUCAAGAAACAACAAAGAACUAAACUCACUGAAGCUCUGGCCUCCAAAAUCCUUCAGCUGGAUCCUGAUGCUCUCAAGGUGUUAGAGACGUACUGGUCCAAACUCCCUGAUGACCGUCUCCAGAACUUGGUGGAUUUAUUUCAAAACGUGUCUGCCAUGUUAAUUGACAGGAUUGCUUCUGAAGAUAUAAAUUGGGACAUACCGAAACGCCUGCAGAAUCUUGUGCAGAUCCUUCAUAUGGUCUAUAAGGUCUGCUGCAGUACCAACAGAAUCAUAAAGAGCGAUUUCAUCAUCCAUGAGAUCAAUGAUCUGCUAGAUGUGGUCAGAGAGGGGUUGGGGCUGGUAAAGCCUGACCAAGUCAAACAUGGUAAAUGUGGAAUACGAUCUGUGUGGCUCAAAUCAAAAGUUCAGGACAUGUCCGCUGGAAGGAGUUUUGUUGCAUUCAUCCGGGAUGGGAAGGUCUCGGUCCUGAGAUUGUGCAGUGAAGACGGUGAUCAUGAUGGAAAACCAAAGACACUAGAGCUAAAGAAUGACAGAAUCAGACUGAUUGUCUGUGGAGAAGCUGGUGCGGUUCUUCUUGCUUAUGGAGGAAAAGUUCUCAUUAUGGACAAAUCUACUGUGUGCAGGUCUCUCAAAGGUCUGGAUAACAGGCAGGUGAUUCAGAUCGCAUGUGGAGACCAUCAUUCAAUGGCACUAACCAACAAUGGUCAGGUGUUCGUGUGGGGUGAGAACUCUCAUGGUCAGCUGGGUUUGAGGAAAGAUCAUCCCGGCUCUCCGUCUGCUCAACAUGUUCAGAGUCUGAGUGGGAUCCCGCUGGCUCAGAUCAGCGCUGGAGGAGACCACAGCUUUGUGUUGUCUCUCUCUGGAGUCGUGUUUGGAUGGGGAAGGAACUCUGCUGGACAGCUGGGCCUCGGAGACACUACAGACAGACACGUCCCAACGAUGGUAAAUAGUCUGAACCGGAAGAAAACUGUGUCCAUCUCAUGUGGAGGGGAACACACUGCCACUUUAUCAAAGGGCGGCACAGUGUUCACAUUUGGAUCCGGAGGUUCUGGUCAGCUUGGGCACAACUCAUUUAGAGAUGAACAUCAUCCGCGGGUGGUUGCUGAACUGUGGGGAUCUGAAGUGUCACAGGUCACAUGUGGGAGACAUCACACACUCGUAUCAGUCGUAUCGUCAAAGCUGAUCUACUCAUUUGGAUGUGGGAUGCAAGGGCAGCUGGGAAACAGAGAAAUGAUCACACAGUCUGUGCCUUUCCCUGUGGAUCUGACAAUUGAAUGUAAUCAUGAAUAUAUGAUUGAAAAACUCAUUGCUGGGGAGAAUCAUUCCUUUGCCUUGUUUUUAAAAAAACUUGGGGAUGAGUUGGAACAGCCCAAAUCCAAUCCAAGCAGAGAGAUUUUGACAUUAAAUGACAGAAUGAUUGACCGAUGGCUGUCCGGAAGUGAUGCAAAUUCAUUGAAGGAUAUAAACACUGUGUUUUCCUCUCCCGCCUCUUUAAAUGGAAGUUUUCUCAAAAAAAGUUGUGAUGAUCAUUAUCAGACGUCUGAGGAGCAUUGUGGGUUGGAUUUUGAUCUGGUUAAAAAAUCCUUUGCAAAGUUAUCAGAGAAUAAAAGCUUGAUAUCAGAGAUAGUACAUGUGGUUGAACAGAUGCUGCGUUCUCUGAAUCCAAAACCAGUUGGUGUGGAAGCUCUGAGAGUUUAUCUUCUCCUCCCUGAACUCAUCAGACAUCUCCAGAAACACCAAAGAAAUGAACUCACUGAAGCUCUGGCCUCCAAAAUCCUUCAGCUGAACCCUGAUGCUCUCAGGGUGUUAAGUAAAGCUGGAAGACCUUUUCAGCAUUUGUGGUGUUGUUCUUGUUGUAUUUGUCUUGUUGUAAAGUAUUUUGUAUGUUAUGUUUUGUUCUCAGAGAUGUACUGGUCCAAACUCCCUGAUGAUUGGCUCAAAGUCCUGGUGAAGUUAUUCAGAAAAGUGUCUGCUGAUUUUAUUGGCAGGAUUGCUGCCGAAAAUAUGAUCUGGGACAUAAUAACACGCCUGCCGAAAUUUGUGAAGAUCCUUCAGAUGGUCUAUCAGGUCUGCUGCAGUGCCAACAGAAACAUCGCAAAGAGUGAUUUCAUCAUUAAUGAGAUCAAUGAUCUACUAGAUGUGCUGCAAACCACCAAUGAAGAUGUGAUUAACAACUGGGGGUGGUUUAACUGGACUGGACAAAUACAUGCAGUGAAGGCCCAGCAAACCUACUACAAUACAGUCUUUAAAAAUCUUAUAUCACUUCCAUGCAUCUUUAACCUGGAGGCCAAAUGUAGCUAUAUGAAGAACAGAGUAUGGAAGGGUUGUUUUCCGCUGACUCUGAGACGCACAGCACUGCUGGAGGAUAGUUUUUAUCAGCUGAGAACUGCCACUCAGGAACAACUCCGAGAAUUUUGGCUGUCGGUGUUUUACACAGAGGAUAUGAGAAAAACAGAUGUCAACAAGAGGGACUUUUUUCACAACAUUUUUAAAGAGCUUUGUGUACCGGAGUCUCAGCUGCUCGUGUGCAAUGACAACCAAACUAUGAUGUGGUUCCCAACACAGCUCAGCGUGGAGAAAGAGAAGUACUUCCUGUUUGGGAUUCUGUGUGGCUUGGCCUUCAACAACAACUCUGUAGUGCAUCUGCCUUUUCCUUUAGCCUUGUUCAAGAAACUUCUCAAUGUCAAACCAUCUCUUGAAGACUUGACAGAGUUUGAUCCAGGUCUUGGCACGAGUUUGCAGUACAUCCUGGACUACAGCGAUGAUGUUGAGGAAAUGGACAUGAACUUUACGGUCACAUGGGAUAAAACAGAAGUUGAACUGGAUCCAGCUGAGCCAGGAAAAAUGGUCACCAAUUAUAACAGAACUGAAUUUGUGGACAAGUAUGUGGAUUAUAUCCUAAAUAAAUCAGUGCAGGAAGCAUUUGAAGAAUUCAAGAGAGGCUUCUUCAAAGCAUGUGACAAAUGCAUGGUGGAGAUGUUUGAACCGGAGGAGCUGAGAGGAGUGCUGGUGGGCAAUGAGGAAUAUGACUGGGACAUACUCAAACAGAACACCACAUAUGAAGGAUCAUUUUAUGCUGAGCAUCCAAUCAUCAUCUCAUUCUGGGAGGUGUUUGAUGAACUGACAUCAAAUGAGAAAAAGACCUUUCUGUUGUUCUUGACAGGGUUCGAGAAAGUACCCAUUCUGGGUAUGAGUGCGGUGAAGAUGAGAGUGAGACCCCUGUUCAGCUUUACUCAGGACCAUCUACCAGAGGCCCUCACCUGCCAUGCUCUCCUAGACCUUCCUGUUUAUCAGAACAAGGAAACACUCAAGGCUAAACUAAUUGAAGCCAUCAACCACAAGAGAGGGUUCUGGGAAGAAUGAGGCUGAUGCUGGAGUACACUAAAAAGUUUGAUCCUUGAUCUUCCAUGGCAGUAAAAUGGAGUGUUUCUUAAUAUAUAAGGGAGAGGGAUGGUUGUAUCACUGGGUUUGUUGUUUGUUGUAAAUCAGUUUCUGCUUUAAUGUGUGAAAAAAUUAGGGAACAUUUUAAGUUUACAUUUAUAUACACUACCAGAGAAAGAUAGGUUUAUUUUCUAAAUGCUGUAAUUCUGUGAUGUGUUGUAUUUAUGAACCUAAUUUAAAAUAAAUGUUUCUUCAUUUUAAAAUAUAUAUAUUUUAUGUUUAUUUAUGAUAUAAUAAUAAGAAAAAGAAGUGUGGAUUUUCAGUUUUUUUCUUUUCUCCAAUGUAGAAAUCAGUCUUAAAAACAAGAUUUUUUUAUUUAUUUUUUAUAUUUUUUAUCUCCACUUCAAUGGACUCCAGAACUGAAGCAACAUAAAAUUCCACAUUUAAACCAUGAUUAUGCACUAGAGUUUGAACAUAUAUCAAACCUCAACAAUGGUGAAAAUUAACAAAAUAUUCAGGUAAACCUCUGAACAUCACAAAACAAGCAACUAAAGUCAUAACAAAAACAGCAAACAUAAAAGCAAAUAGUAUGCAGCAAUGCCUGCUGGGAGCCAUGGAUGAGUUUUGUACUAUGCUAGUACCCAGCAUGCAUUGCAGCAUGAAUAGUUUUUUGUUUUGUUUUUUUUUCUUUAAUGGUCACCAAUGUUGACAUUCAUAUGCUGAUUCUUGAUGUCUGUGUCUGAUUGCUACCAUAGAUUAAAACUUUUUGUGCACAAA